AUGAGCAUUUUGUGGACGUGCCGACAACAAUAUUCUCAAUUAAUUGUUCGACAUUUAACUUCACAGAUCAUUCGACCAAUAAUAAUGGGCAAUCUAUUUACCAAAAAUCGUAAGCCACCCUACCCUGGUACUACAGAUGUUUAUAGAACAGCCGUAUCCAAUGAAAAAAUUCCUUGGAAUGUCGAUUGGCCUGAUUAUGAACCAACUGAAUAUACAUCAGAAAAAGUUUUGCAAAACCCACCAUGGGCUGAUGAUCCUAAUGCAAAAAAGAUUAAAAAUUAUAAUGCAUUGGAUGGACAAAUUGAUAGAAGAAGUUUUACGGGUAAGUAUGAAAUUGAUCAAGAAACAAAUCGACCAAAAAAUCCUCGAGGUCGUACUGGAUUGUCAGGUCGUGGUUUACUUGGUCGAUGGGGACCGAAUCAUGCUGGUGACUCGAUUAUAACACGUUGGUCAAAAGAUCAAUAUGGUAGCAAACAAAAAGUUUUAGAAAUUCUACUCAUCACUCGAAAAGAUACUGGCAGUUUAGCUUUACCUGGUGGUAUGAUUGAUCCAGGUGAACAGGCAUCAGCAGCAAUUAAACGGGAAUUUAUUGAAGAAGCUAUGAAUUCGAAUCCUGAUGCUGCCGCAAAAAUUGAAGACUUAUUUCAAUUAGCUACUUCAGCCUACAAAGGUUAUGUUGAUGAUCCAAGAAAUACAGACAAUUCCUGGAUGGAAACUGAAGCAAUGAAUAUGCAUGAUGAAACGGGUGAAUUAACAAAAGGUUUGCAAUUAGAAGCAGGCGAUGAUGCAUCACAUGUAAAAUGGGUUCGUCUUGAUCGUCAUUAUAAGUUACAUGGAUCACAUGAAUCUAUUAUACAAAUGGUUAUUAAACAGCUUGAAGCAUAUGAAUAUUGGAGUGAUAAUUAA